GUAUAAUAUAUACUAUUAUAGACUUGAUGACACUUUAUAAUUUUGCUCCCUACAUACUUUUGACAUAGUAUGUGACUACAUUCUCUUCUUAAGUAAUUACUGUUUCUUGUAAGUAUAAAGUGUAGAGUUAGAUAUCUAUUUCAAUUUUCAAGAUUCUUCUCCUCUAAUUAUUUGAGUCGUCUUCCUUAGCUCGCCAAUGUUCUCCUCUGCAACUGAGAUCAGAAACUUGGUUCAAUUUGAUCUCUGUCAGCUGGACAUGUUCUAUAGAUGGAUCAAGGCUUGUUUUUACAUUCUCAUAUAUUGGUACUCUUUAUAGUUAGUAUGAGUUCUCUCAAUCAAGAAGAAAUUCAAGAAAACUGCAUCAAUACAGAACCUGGGAGAACAGAUACUCACCAUGCUCGGAAUCUAAAAGCUAAGUUUGAUUAAACCUAUUUUAAUCAUUACCUACUACAUAUGCCAGUAAUUACAUUUCCAGAUCUAUGUUUAAUUUAGAUCCUUAAUUUCUAAACAGUUAAGAAUUUUUUAUUGUCUAUAAAUCUUGGGUUUUUUCUAAUUGCAUGUGUGAUUUAAACUACAUUUUCCUCAUAUCUAUGCCAACGAUUACAUUUCCAGAUCUGUGUUUAAUUUAGGUCCUCAAUAUCUAGAGGGUUAUCCUGUUGUCUAUAAAUCUUUGGUUUUUUCUAAUCGCAUGUGUGAUUUAAACUACAUUUUCCUAAUAUUUAUACCAGCAAUUACAUUUCCAGAUCUGUGCUUAAUUUAGGUCCUUAAUAUCUAAACAGUUAAGAAUUUCUGAUUGUCUAUAAAUCUUGGGUUUUUUCUAAUCGCAUGUGUGAUUUAAACUACAUUUUCCUCAUAUCUUCAAAAUAGAUAGAUGCAUGUUUGAUAUAUCAUCAAAUCUGAGACUUUAAAUUAGUAUUAGCUUCUCCAUUCCAUGAUUUUUAACUUUGAUUGUAGUUCAUAGUUGUUUUCCGAGAGAUUUGUGCGAUUCUAGAUGAUUCAUUUUAGAAUCGCAGUUGGCUUUCUUUUUUAUUUUUUGUUUUUACUACUAUAUAUUGAUAUAUUGACACAUAUCCUACGAAUUUCUAAAUUGGUUUUUGAACUACAUCCCCAGCUUAGAGAUGGAAGAAGGAACAGAUUCAUCCACAAUUGGGAGUAGGUGUUUCACACUAGUUUGCAGGUAUGAAUUAUUAUUGCUAGGUUUUGUAGAUUCAGUCAAUGGUACGCCCACAUUCCCAUUUGAUUUAUACAAUCAAUUGGUGCACACUAUGAGCAGUAUGAGUUAACACAUUCAUUCGCUAUUCAAUGAAAAUUAGAAGUGGAAGGCUUACCCGCUAUUAUAUCCGCAAAUGAGAUCCCCUUAUUCAGUAGUCCUGCCAAAGCUCCUGCUUCUCCCUUAAUUGCAGCCUCAGAGAGCUUAUGUUGCUCGGCAAUUUAUACCAUACACCCCGGUGUAUAGAGCCAUGUACGCCCAGCAUCAAAACGACGCCGUAUGGAAUUGUUAUGUAACGGAUUUUUUUUUAUUAGUCUGUUAACGCCGUCAAACGGUAAGAAGAGGGAAGUGAGAGAGCGGCUCUAAAGACAUGAUGUCGUCGCGCCGAUCAUGCAUAUUGGAUUAGAGAACACGAGAGCUACCUGAUUGUUCGAUUUGCGUCGUAUUUUGCAAUUGUUGGAUGGAAGCCAUGUCUGAUUCGAUUGCACAGCAGGAUGUGGCGGAGACAGAGCAUACAACUGAUCCUGUUGGAGUGGUAGAUACAGAGGAUGCUAAUCCAGGCGUGAAUUUGCUUUUAAACAUGGAGAGAAACGUUUACUGAUGAUUGAGUUGAGGUCAUUGAGGAAGGGUGAACGUGUAGAAGCUGGUGUUUUGGAUACUUGGGUUUUAAUUCUAAAUAGCAUGGAGACCUACACCUUUAAGUAUCCUAACAAAAGAAGAUUCUUUUUCUCAACAACACCAGUUGCAUCUUCUAUUGUGUAUAAACCAGCUGCAUACAAUACUGAUCAACUGUAUGAAAAGUUUCAAGAAAGUGUUAAUCAUGACAUUGACACUGCUACUGGUGACCCUACAAACUAUCGUUUGUUCUUUUUCUCAGUCAUUGCAACUGAUCAAAUAUAUGUCAUCUGCAUUGAUUUGGAUGUUUAUCAAACAUCCAUACACAUACUUGGCAACUCUUCUGCUGAUGGUGCUGGUAUUGCCAAAUAUGGUGAUAUACCAUUUCUUUUGAAAGACUACUUUGUGAGAUAUUUGAACCAGAGGGAUUCAUACAGUGCUGCAAACAGACUAAAAAAGAUUACACCUCAGCGAAUGCUAAUGCAAUGGAGUGAUACCGAGAAGAAAGACGAUUCUGGAGUAUUUACAAUGUGCAUCAUGCAAACAUACAUGGGAGAUGACAGUAGUAAAAAUAAACAAUCAGAUCUUGCAGACCUCAGGGUCAAAUACAUAACAGCAAUUUUAACUGCUGAAAUCAAUGAACUGUCUUGA